CGCGAGCUGCUGAGACCCGGCGUGCCCAUCACAGUGGUGUCAGGGCGGGUGGUCCCCCCCACCCCCCCUGCUCCUCCUCCGCAACCGUGGGAAGCUGGGGAAGGAGGGGGCUUGCAGGGAGAGCUCACCCGCCCUCCAGCUCCCUGCUGGCACCCCGCUGCUCCCGGGAGCCCCUGCGGGCGGAGGGACCGGUGAGUGGUGCAGCAGGAUGGAGCCCCUGCUGGUGCUGAGCCGCGGGGCGGCGAGGAGAAGGGCUCGUGGAGGCAGAGCCCUGCAGCUGGGGCUGGCAGCGCUGCCGGCCGGGCACGGCUCGCCCGGGUGUCAGGCUGUGGGAUGGCUGGAGGGGGGCCAAGCGCUGCCAGGCGUGGAGCACACACGCCACUGUGCCCUCCUGCACCCGGCGUGGCCACUAGCUCGGACUGUGCCAUGGGGUGGCCACCAGCACUGCUCCCGCCUGGCCACACUGGGCUAGCUGAUGCCCAACUGGCAUUUCUCCCAAGGCAGUGCGGGCUCUGGGUGCUGUGGGCUGCUCCUCCGGCACGACAAGGUGCCCAGGGCCGUGUUGGCACCUUACCCUCCCAAGGGUGCCAAGCACCUCGUCAUGAGCCCCCCACGGACCCCUCUGCUCUGUCACCACCAUCCCCAGAGGUGUGGGGCUGGUGUGGGGUGGUGGUGGCACCAUCCUCUCCUGCAAGGUCCCACGAUGAGCUGCUGGCUCCUGCUCCUUGCCGCGCUCCCUGUGCUUCUGGGCACCCUGGCCACCGCGGCGCAGAAGAGGAACCAAGCAGUGUGCGAGGACGUGCUGGAGGCCGACAUCGCCUUCCUGGUGGACGGUUCAUCCAGCAUCGGCAGGAACAAUUUCCGCACCAUCCGCACCUUCAUGGAGGACCUGGUGGGGCCCUUCGUGCAGGUGGUGGGCGAGAAGGCAGUGCGCUUUGCCGUGGCGCAGUACAGCGACGAGCCGCGAGUGGAGUUCCCCUUCUCUCAGCACAUCGAUGGCACGAGCGUCCGAAGGGCCAUCCAGCAGCUGAGCUACAAGGGUGGCAACACACGGACUGGUGCUGGCUUCCGCUACGUUGCUGACAACUUCUUUGGCCCUAAGCAGCUCCGCCCAGGGGUCCCCCAGAUCUGUAUUCUCAUCACGGACGGCAAGUCCCAGGAUGAUGCUGAGGGGCCAGCAGCAAAGCUGAAGAGCCAGGGCAUCAAGAUCUUUGCUGUGGGGAUCAAGAACGCUGACCACAAGGAGCUGAUCCGCGUGGCCUCAAUGCCCACUGAAGCCUUCUUCUUCUAUGUUGGUGACUUCAAGCUCCUGGGGACACUGGUGCCGUUGAUGACACGAAGAGUGUGCACAAGUGUUGGGGGCACCCUGCGCCCACUGGAUGGGCCGAGCCAUGCUGGCCCCUCCAACCUGGAGAUCCUUGAGCGGGGCCUUGACCAGUUGCGGAUCCGCUGGACGGCGGCCACCGGCCCCGUCACUGGCUACCGGGUGCAACGUGUGCCGCUGACGGGGCUGGGGCAGCCGAUUGUGGCAGAGAGGCAGGAGGUGAGCCUGGGACCGCGGGAGACGAGCACUGUGCUGCGGGGGCUGCGCAUGGGGACGGAGUACCUGGUCACUGUCACCGCCCAAUACACCAACAGCAUCGGCGAGUCGGUGUCUGGCCGAGCACGCACCCAGAGCCGUGCCGGCUCCAUGCUGGAUUUCCGUGUGGUGGAGACUGGACCAACCUUCCUGCGGCUGGCCUGGCAGCCUGGUCCCGAGACCCCCCAGGGCUACAGCCUCAGCUACACCAUGCAAGGAGCAGCCCAGGGAGAGGAGAAGAGCCUGGGGGCCAGCGUGCAGUCGGCCACGCUGAGCAACCUGCGCCCUGACACCGAGUACGUGGUGACGCUCCGUCCGCGCUACACGCAGCAGCCUGCUGUCCCUGCCACCCUCACUGCCCGGACACGGCGCCCAGCUGGCGUGCAGCACUUGGCCGUCCACAACGUCUCGGCGCAGAGCAUGCUGCUGGCCUGGCAGCCCGUCAGCGGUGCCACCGGCUACCGACUCUCCUGGGCAACCCUCACAGGACAGGACAGGCACAGGGUGGACCUGGAUGCCGGGCGGACGUCGCAUGCGCUGGGGGGGCUGCAGCCCAACACUGACUAUGUGGUGACAGUAGCACCACUCUUUGGGCAGCUGGAGGGGCCCACGGCCACCGUGAGGCACAGGACAGAGGUAGGUGCAGAGCAGACACUGCGGACCAACAUCCUGAGCCCCACGUCCAUCCAGGUGCUCUGGGCUGGCACCCGUGAUGCCCGCGGCUACCGCCUGGAGUGGAAGAGAGCCACAGGACCAGAGCCCCCCAGGACAGUGUCGCUUCCAAGCAGCACCAACACCUACCAGCUGACAGGGCUACAGCCAGGCACCGUGUACCGCAUCACCCUCUACACACUCUACGAUGGUGGGGAGGUGGCCACCCCCGUCACCACCUUCCAGACAGGUGUGGAGUUGCCCGUGGGUGCUGUGUCGGACCUGCGCCUCGUCGAGGAGGCGGGCAGACAGGUGCGACUGAGCUGGACCGGCGUCCCCCGUGCCACCGAAUACAAAGUGGUGGUGCGCAACAACCAGGAUGGCACAGAGAGGACGAGGCGCAUCCCGGGCAGCCAGACGGCUCUGGAGCUGGGUGACCUCCGGGAGGGCAUCACCUACCUCGUGCGCGUCUCGGCACUGGUGGGUGGCCAGGAGGGCAGCGCUGCCACACUCACUGUCCGACUCAAGUACCCAGCGGUAGGCAACAUCUCAGACCUGCGCGUGACGGAGGCCGGUCCCAGCCAGCUGCGGGUCACCUGGAGAGGGCUGCCGGGAGCUGGGGGCUACCUACUGACCUGGCGAGGCAGCGACGGUCUGGAGCAAUCCCGCUUCCUCCCUGCUGACCCCACCACCUUCACCAUCGAGGGGCUGCGUGCUGGCAUCAUCUACACCAUCGGCGUCUCAGCUGUUGUGGAUGGCCGUGAGGGCAGCCCUGUCACUGCCACGGGGCGGAUAGCUCCUGAGCAGGUGGGGACCGUGUCCCGGCUGGAAGUGCAGGCAUCCAGGAACAACAUUGCUCGCAUCACUUGGGUCGGCGUGCCGGGAGCCACUGCCUACCGCGUGGUGUGGAGCCGCAAGGACGGGGGCUCGGAGAGCAGCCGGCGGGUUCCCGGCCACACCAGCUCCUUCGACAUCCCUGACCUGGAGAGUGGUGUCUCCUACACCGUGAAGGUGAUAGCACUCAUCGGUAACCGGGAGGGCAACCCUGUCUCCAUCGUUGUCACCACUCCGGAGGCAGCUCCAGUGCCCCCUGUCAGCAGCUUCCAGGUGACAGAAGCAUCAGAGCAUCGCCUGCGCCUGACCUGGGUGCCAGCAGCCGGCAGCACUGGAUACCGUCUGCUCUGGCGCCUGGCUGAGGGAGGGCCCCAGCGCAGCCAGCAGCUCUCGUCCACCACCAGCUCGUAUGACCUGUCAGGGCUGGAGCCAGGUCGGCGCUACCACAUCAGCAUCGUCAGCCUGGCUGGUGGCCGGGAGAGUGAGCCAGCCACUGUUACUGCCAUCACCGCUGCCCCAGGCCGUGUCACCAACCUGCGGGUGACGGAAGUGCAGAGAGACUCAGUAACGCUCACCUGGACUCCCAUCCCCGGUGCCUCCAGCUAUGUCCUCUCCUGGACUCCCCCAGCAGCUGGAGGGGAGACAGGACGGACACUGCCCAGCGCUGCCAGCUCGCACCAGGUCUCUGGGCUGCGUCUGGGCCAGCGCUACACCUUCACCCUCCGCCCUCUCCUGGGGAACGCACCUGGUGCUGAGACCUCCAUCAGCGAGCGCACAGUUUGCAGGGAUGCCCGUGGUGACAUUGUCUUCCUGGUGCACGGCACCCGUGACAGCUCCUCCAGCGCUGAUGCUGUCCGCACCCUCCUUUCCAACACCGUGUCCGCCCUGGGGCGCCUGGGCCCUGAGGGCACCCAGGUAGCUCUCGCCACAUACAGCUACCGCAGUCUGCCCUGGCUUCUCCUCAACCGCUCCAGUGACCUGCCAGCCGUCCUGGAGCAGAUCCGCACCUUACGCUAUGAGGAGCCCAGUGGCAAUGCCAUCGGGGCAGCCAUUACUUUUGCGAGGACCUACCUGCUGAGCCCUGGCGCGGGGAGACGGCCUGGCGUGCCGGCGGUGCUGGUGGUACUGGCUGAUGGUCCCUCCGGGGACGAUGCCAUCGCUGCGGCCAGGGAUGUCAAGGCCGGGGGUGAGGAUGGGUGGCAUCCCAGCGGGAUGCACGGGGAGGGGAGUGCAUCCUGUAGGGUGCCCAUGGUGCUGUUGGCAGGGGUCCAGGUGCUGGCGGUGGGAUUGCAAGGAGCAGACCGUGAGCAGCUCCGGCGUGUGGUCACCAGUGAGGACCCGCGGUAUAUCUACCACGACAGUGGUGCCCUGGCAGAGUUGGAGGGGGAACUCACUGAUGACCUCUGCACCAUCAUCUCCACCAGGCCGGAGCCAGAGCCGAAACCGAAGCCCUGCACCGUGCAGUGCCCCAAGGGUGAGAAGGGGGACCGUGGCGAGCCGGGGCUGCAAGGACGUGUGGGGCAGCCGGGCCCCCCUGGAGAGCCGGGCCGCCAUGGGCUGCCUGGCCCUCCAGGACCUGCCGGGCCACGGGGUCUGCCGGGGGACACCGCUGAGCGGCCAGGCAAGAAAGGGGACAGGGGGUUCCCUGGAGCUGACGGGACACCGGGAAGCCCUGGCCGUCCUGGGAACCCUGGAUUACCCGGCCAGCCAGGCACCCAAGGCAUCCCUGGCCCCCGAGGGGAUCCUGGACCAAGGGGCCCUGUGGGGCUUUCUGGCCCGAAGGGGGAGAAAGGCGAGCCGGGGGAGCCCAGGGUGAUUGUGGAUGGAGGAGAAGGGCUGCCAGGUCAGAAAGGGGAGCCAGGCGUACCGGGCAGCCCUGGCCCCCCUGGGAGCCCCGGUCAGCGGGGACCAUUGGGAGAUGCAGGGCCUCCUGGUCCGCUUGGACCUAUGGGGCCACCAGGACCUCCAGGAGAGUUUGUGAAGGGGGAGAAGGGUGACCGAGGGGAGAGGGGCCCCCCAGGACUUGUGGAUGGGGUAGCGCCUCGAGGGGAGCCUGGCCCCCCGGGUCUACCUGGGGACCCUGGGCCCCGGGGACCUGCUGGUCCCCCUGGCCUGAGGGGAGAGAAGGGUGAUGGCAAAGAAGGUUUCCCAGGGCCACCUGGCCGCCCUGGGGACCCAGGAGACCGGGGCCCUCGGGGACCACCAGGGGAGCAGGGCAGGAAGGGAGACCGUGGGGCACCAGGUGAGCUGGGAGAGACGGGCGAGAAGGGGGACCGUGGAGCACCAGGCCCCGGGGGCGAGAAGGGAGAGGCGGGAGCCCCUGGACGCCCGGGGCCAUCAGGCAGAGAGGGAGAUCCGGGACCAGCCGGCCCCCGGGGGGAGAAGGGUGAUCCAGGAACACCUGGCAAGCCAGCUCCCAUCGUGACUGGUGUUCAAGGAGAGAAGGGUGACCGAGGCUCCCCAGGACCAGAAGGACCUCCUGGCGUCAAGGGUGACACAGGAGAAAAAGGUGCUCGCGGCAUCCCUGGUCUGAGCAUCCCGGGGCCAGCUGGCCCCAAAGGCGAGCAGGGUGAUCGGGGUAUCGUUGGUCUCACGGGCAGGAGCGGCCCCAAGGGCGACCCCGGGGAGCCAGGGGAGAAGGGUGAGCCCGGCCGAGCGGGUGCCCCAGGACAGACUGGGCUUCGUGGCAAGGAGGGAGAGCGUGGAGAGAAGGGUGACGAAGGCACACCAGGUGAAGCAGGUCUGCCUGGCAAACCCGGAGACAGGGGCCCUCGGGGCCUCCCUGGCUACCGUGGCCCCCCGGGGGAGAAGGGUGACUCAGGGGACCCAGGUCCUGAAGGCAGAAACGGCAGCCCUGGAGCACCAGGGAGCAAGGGUGACCGUGGGGAGCCGGGGCCUCCUGGACCCCCAGGACGAACCGUCGAUGUGGGGCUCGGAGGAGUGGGGGAGAAGGGAGAGAAGGGGGACCCUGGGGACCCUGGUGAGGAUGGUGCGAAGGGUGCCCGGGGUGAUGCUGGCUCCCCUGGCCUGCCUGGAGAGAGGGGUGUGGAGGGCCUCCGCGGCCCCCCCGGUGCACGGGGUGACCCUGGGGACCGAGGCCUGCCAGGAGAGAAGGGGGACCGUGGCCCACCAGGGCUGGAUGGCCGCAACGGGCUGGAAGGCAAACCUGGCUCCCCAGGUCCCACCGGGCUGCGGGGGGACCCAGGGAAGCAGGGGGAUCCUGGCCGGGAUGGGCUGCCGGGGCUGCGUGGGGAGCAGGGACUGCCUGGUCCCGUGGGCCCCCUGGGACCGCCUGGCAUCCCCGGUAAACCCGGCAACGAUGGCAAACCUGGCCUCAGUGGCAAGAAUGGCCGCAGCGGUGCCAAGGGCGAGCAGGGGGACAGGGGCGUGCCAGGACCCCUCGGUCCCCCUGGCCUCCCUGGUGUCCCAGGGCUGGUUGGCCCCCCAGGCCAGAGCAUUGAGCGUAGCCUGGAAGCACUUGGCAUCAAGAUUUCAUCCCUGAAGGAGCUCACAGGUGCCUAUGACGGAAGCUCGGAUUCAUUUCUGCCGGUGUCUGAGCGGCUGCGGGGCCAGAAGGGCAGUCGGGGGGAGCCAGGAGAGAGGGGGCCCCCAGGCCGAGAGGGCUCCUUAGGCUUCCCUGGCGAGCGAGGACCCAAAGGUGACAAAGGGGACCCAGGCGCCCCUGGUCCCCAGGGUCCCAUGGGCCGUGCCGUGGGCGAGCGGGGUCCCGAGGGGCCGCCUGGGCAGCCCGGGGAGCCUGGCAAGCCGGGCAUCCCCGGCGUGCCAGGUCGGGCCGGGGAGCUGGGGGAGGCUGGGCGGCCCGGCGAGAAGGGCGACCGGGGCGAGAAGGGUGACCGGGGUGAGCAGGGCAGGGAUGGCUUGCCCGGCCUCCCGGGGGCCCCAGGGCCCAAGGUAGGUGAUGGCAGCUGCUGGGGACCAUCCCCAGGUGAUGUGGUGGAGGGCAGCCUGAUGGGCUUGCCCGGCGAACGCGGCCCUACCGGACCCAAGGGAGCAAAGGGCGAGGCAGGAGCUGAGGGCGAGCGGGGACCCAAAGGAGAUAAGGGUGAAGGAGGGCCGCGGGGUGAGCGAGGGGAGCCUGGUGAGAAGGGCAGGGACGGUGCCCCGGGCCUCCCGGGUGAGAGAGGGCUGACUGGCCCCGAGGGGAAGCCGGGCUUGCCAGGCUUUCCUGGCGUGCUGGGACGUCCGGGCAGCCAGGGAGACCCAGGACCACCAGGACCUCCGGGCAGUGCUGGCCCACCGGGGACCCAGGGCCCAACUGGCACCAAGCACCUGCCUGGCCCCCCAGAACCAGCUGCCCCUGCUGCCACACUCCUCCCCGCGGGUGCAGCCGAGGUCCCAGCUGUGCCAGGGCAGCAUGCCAUUCCCUCUCUGAUGUUGCUGCUUCUAUUGCAGGGCCUGCCCGGUCCCCAGGGCAGCAUGGGGUUGCCUGGCCCCUGCGGCCCUCCUGGCCCCGCGGGCCCACCGGGUGUUCCCGGGCUGCCAGGACAAGUGGGGGAGAGCGGAAAGCCAGGCGUGCCGGGCAGGGAUGGCGUGCCAGGGAAGGACGGUGAGGCAGGGAUGCCCGGGAAGGUGGGCAUGCCGGGACCCUCUGGCCCUGCCGGUCCCAAGGGAGAGCCAGGGGACACUGGAGCCCCCGGGCAGGCCAUCGCUGGUCCUCCUGGUGCCAAAGGCGAGAAGGGCGAGCCGGCGCUGCUUGGGGAUGGGCUGCUGGGAGAACCCGGCUCCAAGGGUGACCGUGGCUUGCCUGGCCCCAAGGGUGACAAGGGGGAGCCAGGAGGAUUUGGGGAACCGGGAGAUCCUGGGGAAGAUGGAGCCAAGGGGUCCUCUGGAGCUAAAGGGGAGAAGGGAUCGCCAGGUGUUGGUGUGCGGGGACCGCCUGGACAGGAUGGGCCUCCAGGCUUGAAGGGUGACCUCGGCUUGCCAGGACCACCAGGACCUCCAGGCUUAGCAGGCAUCGCUGGGACACCAGGGCAGCCUGGCCUCAGAGGAGACAAUGGGCAGCCUGGCCCACCAGGUCCACCAGGAGAGAGGGGUUUGAUCGGCUUUCCCGGGAGAGAUGGCACUCCUGGACCACCAGGACCCGUGGGGCCACCAGGGCCAGCCGGCAUUCAAGGGGCUUCUGGCCUGAAGGGUGACAAGGGUGCCCCAGGGGCCGGGCUGCCAGGAGCCAGAGGCGAGCGUGGAGACCCAGGGCCACGGGGUGAAGAUGGACGCCCAGGGCCAGAAGGGGAUCGGGGACCUGCGGGCUUGCCUGGGAUCCGUGGGGAGCGUGGGGACAAGGGAGACAUUGGACUCCCAGGGCCCAAAGGAGAUAAAGGUGAUACUGUGGUGGUGGAGGGGCCUGCUGGAGCACGGGGCAGCAAAGGGGAGCCGGGCGACCGUGGUCUGAAGGGCAUGGAAGGGGACAAGGGUGACAAGGGGGAGCAAGGCAUGCCCGGAGAGAAGGGGAUGAGGGGUGAGCAUGGCGAGAAGGGCUCUGCAGGCUUCCCUGGAGCACGUGGCCCUGGCGGACAGAAGGGAGAGGUCGGAGCAUCAGGAGAGCCUGGUGAGCCGGGCCAACCCGGCCGUGAUGGGAUCCCUGGAGCCCGGGGAGAGAAGGGGGACAUGGGACCCCUGGGCAUGCGUGGCCCCAAGGGUGACCGGGGCAUGAAAGGCGCCUGUGGCCUCGAUGGGGACAAGGGCGAGAAGGGAGAGCCGGGGAUCCCAGGGCGCUCGGGGCUGCCAGGGAGGAAAGGCGAGCCGGGAGAGCUGGGUCUGUCUGGACCACCGGGCAUCCCUGGGAAGGAGGGGCUCAUGGGACCCAAGGGUGACCGAGGAUUUGACGGGCAGCAGGGAGCCAAAGGAGACCAAGGGGAGAAAGGAGACCGGGGCGCUCCUGGUGUUAUCGGUAGCCCUGGUCCCCGGGGCAGUGAUGGUGCUCCUGGUCCCCCUGGACCUCCAGGAAGUGUUGGCCCACGAGGUCCUGAAGGCAUGCAGGGCCAGAAGGGGGAGAGAGGCCCCCCUGGACAGUCAGUGCUGGGGGCCCGUGGCGUGCCCGGAAUCCCUGGUGAGAGAGGAGAGCAGGGCAGUCCCGGCACACAGGGGCUCCGUGGGGAGAAAGGGGAGCCGGGCAUGACGGAGGAGGAGAUCCGCGCCUUCGUUAGGCAGGAGAUGAACCAGCACUGUGCCUGCGGCGGCCACUUCCCACGGCGUCAGGAUCCACGUGAGCACUCAGGAGGCUGGGGUGCUCAGGCCAGGAGCAGCCUCCACUCUACCCAGGGAGGAGGAAGAAUUGUCCGCCAGGAGAGGGACCACCGCCAAACAGGGCCCUUCCCCACCCAGCCAUUCCCUGCUGGCAGCGCUCAGGCAGUCCCAGUGCUCAAGUUGUCACAUACUGAGGAAGAGGAGGGGCAGGACAGACAGGUCAUGCUCAACACUGAUGACCUCGAGUAUGACAGCGUGUAUGCAGAGGAGGAGGAGGACUACGAUGAGGUCCCAGAGAUGGACAGCUUAGAGCAGCCCACAGUGGGUGCGGAUUCCUGCAGCCUGCCGCUGGAUGAGGGGGACUGCCAGCGCUACACGCUGCGCUGGUACUACAACCAAAGAGUCACCGAGUGCCGGCCCUUCGUCUACAGCGGCUGUCGGGGCAACUUCAACCGCUUCGACAGCAAGGAGGAGUGCGAGUGGCACUGUAGGCGGUACCCAGCAGCAGGUGCCCGCAGUGUUGGUGGCAGCGAGGAGGGAGGGCAGCCGAACACGUAGGCACAGACAGUGUCUCGGCAGGCAGGCCUGCCUGGCAGUGGGGCCCCACUGCUGCCCCAGCCAGGGCUGGGCUGCCCGCGGUAGCAGGGACGACAUGCCCACCUGGCAGGAACCUGGUGCUAUUUCUAACAUGUCUUUUUGCUGCUCAUGGGUUUUUCCUUUCAUGUCAGUUUUAUUGUCCGUUAAGGUGAAAUCUAUAUCAAAUGAGAAUCCACACCCCCUCCAAGGCUCUUAAAACUCUUUCACAGCUAGAGUUUUCCUGGGCUGUUCCCAGUUUGAUCUUUAACUUAUUUGCUGCCAAGGGGAUGGCUCUUGGCACCACACCUCCUCUCCAGCAGCCUGGGAGUGGAGCUGGGACUUGGCAUGAUUUACCUCCCAUUCCUUCAUCUAAUGCACUUGCUUCCUUCCCUGCCCCACCCUGGGUCUCCAACCGGUCCCUGCUCCCCACUCUCUGCUGGGGGAGGUUGCCUGCAUGCCUGGGCCAGCCAGUGCCUCCCUGCAGCAUCCCUCAUCCCCACCCUGCAACCAGCUCCAUCUGAAUAAAUUUCACCUUAACCUCAACCAGGACCAAACCAGGGCCCUUUUGUGGCUGCAAUGGUUUGGCAAAGAGCUGCAGGAGGGCUGGAGGCUUUCUCUGUGUGCUGCACUCCAGGUCAAACGCCUGCCAGCAGCGCGUCUGUCUUUAAUCCAGGGGUGCUCCCCUGCGCUCCCUGACUCAACGGGGAAACCCUGAGGAUGGUGCUAUGUUAGAGGAGGUUCCUGCUCUCCUACGCUCACUCUCAAAGGCUUCAUGAAAGUGAUGUCAGCUCACAGAGGUCUGCAGCCCCUGCUUCCCUACAGCUCCAGGGCUGAGUGUGAACGUGCUCCCCAAUGCCUCAGAGCCCGGGGGGCUGUGGGGCUGCUGGGUGGGCUUUCUGGUACCCGUAUCUACCGCUGCUCUGUGUGUAUAUCUGUAUACAGCGAAUGUAUAUGUGUACCAAUGCAGGGGGGACUGUGAUAUUAAAGCUGCGCUCACGGGGAGAUGCUGCCCUUCUUGC